AAGAAUCUCGAUGAGAAGGAUAAGAUAAAUAAUGAGCAGUUUACUGACCGGAAUUACACAAUUUUUCAAAUAAAUGAUGAAGAAAAGAAAGGUGCAGUAAUUGAAGAAAUAAUUGCCAAAGAGCCUGAUCUCUCAGCGCGGCCUAAUAAACCUGUGUUAAAAAAGCCUGGAGCUCCUAGCAGGUUAAGGCUUGCAAAAAGAACUUCGAAUGGAAAAACACAGCCAAGUGAAAUUACAUCUUCCGAUUUUUCUGCUAGACUAUUAAGCAUGCAAGAAACGAUAUUACCAUCGAGAUUAACUGAUGAUAGUGAUAGUGAUACAGACAUACAGUACUGUGAUGGUAAAACCAAUAAACUCAAUCUUAUCGGCUACAGCACUAAUCCUGCUAUUGCAAGUCGUAUUAUGCCCUAUUCCUUAUCUAGUGAAGAUGAUGAAGAUGUUCCGCAAACCAGUUUUGCAUUACGGGUAGCAAGAAAAGACACCUUUGCAAAAAUGUUGAAUGUUCGUGAACCUAUUGAUGAUAUUCCUAAUCAGACAUCGGAUGAUAGGAAGCGAUUGAUGCACAAAGCUAGUAUCAAAUUAGAAAGAAAAUUGAGUGAACGUCCUUCUGUUGAAGAACUGGAACAACGUAACAUUCUUAAAGCUAAAGAUGCUUUGAUAUCCUCAAAAAAGGCAAUGGAUGAAACACGAAAAGUUCUAUUGCGAAAGCUAAGUUUUCGUCCAACGGUUCAGCAACUGAAGGACAAGCAGAUCAUUCAAUUUAAUGAUUAUGUUGAAGUGACUGAAGCAGAAGUUUAUGAUCGAAAAGGUGAUAAGCCUUGGACAAGACUUACACCUAUUGAUAAGGCACUAAUCAGGAAGGAAUUAAACGAUUUCAAAGCCACGGAAAUGGAUGUGCAUGAAGAAAGUCGUAUUUUUACAAGAUUCCAUCGUCCAUGA